ACUGACGGAGCCUGUGGAUUUGAGUUUAGAAAUAGAACAAUUAUUUGUUUGUUCGUGUUUGACGUGUGUCUGUCACUUUGUAUAUUUCCAUACACUCGAAUCACAUACAAUAGAUACAUACACUACGUGCACGUGAGUCACGUGACAGUCUUGUUUAAUUAACAUUUAUGUAUUAUUGAUGACGACGGAUCGGAACGAUUGUGUUUAUAGUAAGCGACACUUUGUUUUCUUACAGGUGGGUGCAGGUCGUGAUGAGACUUGGUUGUUGUCACAGCCAGCAGGAGACGUCAUGCAUGCCGUCGCUGCUCUGGCCUGUGAUCAGUGGAAUGAAGUCGGACUCGAGUUAGAAUACGAAAUGCCUCAACUCAACUCCAUCACAUCAUCCAUUGCUGCACCUUCGAGCAAGUUACUUGCAAUACUGAGAACGAAAGCUUUCGCUGUCGGUACCGGCAAUGUUGUUGGUAUCAUCUUGUCUGCUUGCCGAAGUAUUUCCAUGCCGAUUUGCGCUGCUGCAAUAAGAGAUGAGGUGGUUAGAUGUCAAGAGAGACUGAAAGCACGAAAUGGUGGACAAUAGAAUAAUUGACUUUGUGUGAGCAAUGUGCAUGGUUUGGUAGAAAGCGUAUGUUUUUUGUUUGUUUUGCUGUGAGCUUUCUUACAUAUCAGUAUAAUAGUAUAUGAAUGCUGCUGCAGUGGAGUUUCUGGUUACAC